AUGUCGACUCGUAAAUUUCGGCAUACUAAUGAAAGCUCCAAUUCCGUAAAUAGACGUGAGCGACGACAGUCUACUUUAUAUUCAUCUAAUCCGAGUACCGAUUCUUUACCAAUUGAUUGUAUUCUUGUUUAUACUCUUGAUGAUGAUGAUGAACACAUAAAUGAUCCUAGUAAGAUGAGCCGAUCUGAACGAAGAGAAAGAUUUGAAGAUUAUCUCACUCAUAAACAAGGUCUUAUUCUUCAGCAUGUGAAAUCGACUACAGAUAGAACCGUAUAUGUUAAAGUUCAUAUACCAUUUAAAAUUCUUUUAUCAACUGCUGAAAAUAUACGAAUGAAAUUACCAAUUGAAAAAAUAACCGCCGGAAAACUCAACAUUUCAACAAAUAAUAAAUCAUGUUGGCAUCGUUUUACUCAUUGGAUAAAAAAACCAUUUCGUCUUGAUCCAUCAUUAAUACUCGAUGAUAUUGAUUAUUAUACAGCAAUAUACUCAUCAAAUGUCGAAAAAUUUAAACCUUUAUUUAAAGACUUACGUGGUUCGAUUGAUUCAUAUUUUACACCAAGUGAACGAAGUUUAUUAACAUAUGAAUUAUUAUCAAGAGCUCAUUCUGAUGUUGAUGCUAAUGGUAAUAUUGAUGAUGAUCAUGAUGAUGAUGAUGAUAAUAAUUAUCCACAAGAACCAGUAGCCAUACGACCAGGUUAUUCAAAUUUAAAAAUAAAUCAAUGCAUAAUUUAUUUUUUAUUUUUAGCUUUAAACACAGUUGAUGCAUUACGCAAUGGUUUAAGAAGACCUGCAAAAAAAACCUUUAUUAUUGAUCGACUUAUUGUAAAUAAUAUUUCAGGUAUCACUCGAUUAAUAGCUAAAAAAGCAUAUGUUUGUCACUUUCCUUUACAUGAGUCUUUACGAGAUGAUAUAACCAAUAUUGAUGAUAGUGAUUUAAAUGAUCGAGAAAAAUUAAAAAAACAUUGGGCAACAAUGCGUCGAUGUUUAAAAUUUCAACCAUUAUCUUUAAUUCGUUCUUAUAUGGGAGAAAAAAUAACAUUUUAUUUUGCACUUUGUGGUUUUUAUAAUCAAAUGCUUAUUCCGCCAGCAUUAGUUGGUCUAAUUAUAUUUAUUUAUGGUGCAGCUAGUGUUACUAGUGAUCAACCAAUAUCUGAUAUUUGUGGAAGUUAUGGAGAAAGCACGUAUAUGUGUCCAAGAUGUGAUAAAACAUGUCCAUUUUGGAAAUUAAGUGAUAGUUGUGUUUAUUCAAAAGUAGUUCAAAGAUGUUACUUUUUUGAUAAUAUUUAUGUUGUUGUAGAUUUCGAUUCGAUUGAUUUUGACGAAAAUCUUGAAUCUAUUCGACCAGACUUUGAAAAUGAAGCAAUUAUCAAAGGUGAAAAGCGUCUCAAUCCUGUUACCAAUAGACGGGAGCCAUUUAUACUGACGAGCAAGCGUGUACCAUUCUUUAUAAUUGCAGCUGCCGUUGUCUUAGUGACAAUGGCGAUUAUAUGUGGAACUGUCUUUGCUACAGUUGUUUAUCGUGUUCAAAUAGAUUAUAUUUUGAAACAGACAUCAGCAAAACAAUAUUCAUCAAUUAUAGUAACUGUAACUAGUGCUAUUAUGAACCUUAUUUGUUCAGUUUUAUUAUCCCAAUUUUAUUAUUGGAUUGCAAGAAAAUUAACUGAUCUAGAACUUCAUAAAUAUCAAUCAAAAUAUGAUGAUUCAUUAACAAUGAAAAUAUAUCUUUUUCAAUUUGUUAAUUUUUAUUCAUCAUUAUUCUAUAUAGCUUUCUUUAAAGGACGAUUUGAUGAAUAUCCAUCGAAAUAUGGUGAACCAAGUUCAAAAGAUUUUACAGAACAGUGCGAUCCAGCUGGUUGUUUUGUUGAACUUUCUAUUCAGUUUUUAAUCAUUAUGACUGGUAAACAAAUUGUAGGUAAUACAGUAGAAUUCUUUUUUGCCAUCUGUGGCAGUUGUGCAUGUUCAUGUUGCAAUCAUGAUAAAAAUACAAAAAGAGAACAAUGGGAAAUAGAUAAAGAUUUAAACAAUUUUGAAACAACCACAUUAAUUGAUGAAUAUCUUGAAUUAGGUUCGUUAUUAAACGUCGAACUUAAAAUUAAAUUUUAA